AAGCAUAUAAUAGCAAAUUUGUGUUACCAUUUCUUGCGAUGGCAAGUUCCGUGUGUGGUGCGAAGGUUAAAAUAUAUCCAGAAGAAUAUAUCCAAGGGAAAUAUGGUCGUGGACCAGUGGAUUUUUGUAUGAUAUUGGAAAAAAUAAUCAUUAGUGUUUUAGAGGUAAAAAGAGAUGAUUUUAUACAAGGUACAGCACAAAUAAUUGUACAGCUUCAUUCAUCGCUUGAAAGAAGACAUGAGGAUGAUGAUUUUGUUAUUGAUAAAGCGUAUGGAAUAGUUACCGACAGUAAAUUAUGGUAUUUUUUCGAGUGUUCUAUGAAUGGAGAUAAACCAGAAUAUAGAAUCCAUUCAGAAGAAGGUACUUCGAUUAAUUGGGGUAGCAAUUUUGAGGAAGGGGUUACCGAGGUCUUAGGACAAAUUGUUUGGCUAUUUAAAGAUGCAGAAAAAUUAAUAGAAUCAGCAAAACAAAAGAAGGCUUCCUUUGUUGUAGAUGGUCAGACACAGAAUGGUAAGGAAGCGAUAGCAGAGGUGUGGUUAUCUAUAGAUAAUUCGGUAUCAACUGUUGAUUUAUUCAACUCCGUAGUGGACCAACAAAAUAAUGCCAACACCAAGUCAAUAUAA